CUCCUGGUUCGGGACAUCCUCUUCUUGCUGCUGCUUUUCGCCGUGCCAACCGGAGCCUUCCUCUGUGCCUUCGACCGAACGCUGGCAGCUACGCUUGUUGCCAGCAGCUUGAUAUCACUGGCCAUCGAGCUGUAUCGACAGAGGAAGCGCUGCCUGCCGUACCCCGUGUAUCUGGUCUUGGUCUAUGCUGUGCAGAUCCUUUGUUGCCUCCCGUCUCUGCACGGCAGCUUGAGUCUAGAAAUCCCGAGACAUGGCUCCGCGACUGCCGCGACGAUUUCCAUCGUCAUGGCAGCGCACAACGAGCAUCAGUACUUGAAGCGAACGCUCGACUCCAUUAUCGACAGCACUCCGCUGGAUGCGCUGGUGGAGAUCAUCCUUGUGGACGACGGCAGCUCUCCACCACUGGCUCCCCUGGUGACUUCUUAUAGCCUUGUGAAGCUGCUGCGGCAUGAAAGCCGCCGUGGCUUAAUCAAGUCCAAGACAGAGGGCGGGAAUCGGGCGACAGGGGACGUCAUCAUGUUCUUAGAUGCUCACGUCCGACCUGUUCCAGGCUGGCACAUACCGCUGCUGAGACACAUCGGCCAAAAUUACAAGCGCGUGGUCGUUCCGUUGAUACCCAUCCUGAAUGCGGACACCUGGGAAGUCAACAACAAUGCCAUUGGCGUGAAGAUGAUGUUCGAUUGGACACUUUUCUUCAACUGGUUUGAAGAUGGCAGCGACAUCGUGCCCUGCAUGAGCGGAGGUCUUUUUGCCAUCUCUAAGCGUUGGUGGCACGAGUCCGGCGAGUACGACUAUGGCAUGAAUAUGUGGGGCGCAGAGAACAUCGAGCAGUCCAUUCGGAUUUGGCUUUGUGGGGGUGAGAUCUUCGUGGCGCGAGACUCCCGUGUUGCCCACGUUUUCCGAAGAUCCUUCCCGUAUGCGGUGAACAACACCGAAGUCUACAUCAACAAGGUGCGGACAGUGGAAACCUGGUUUGACGACUACAAGCGAUUCUUCUAUGCUGCGGAUCCCGCAGCGCAGCGAUUCGUUUCUAACAUGGGUGAUAUUUCAGACCGAGAAGCGUUGAAGACCCAGCUGAACUGCAAGCCCUUCAGUUGGUAUGUCGCGAAGUUCAAGGAUGUCUUUGAGAGCAAGAACAUGUUGCCCAAAGACAUGUUCCUGAUCCGUGACACUGGUGGCUGCAUGGAUUGCUUCAGAAAGAUCCUUCGCCGAUCGCUGCUGAUUGUCAUUCUGCUUGGUGCAAGCUACCCGCUGCUGCUUCUUGCAGUUGGCAAGAUCGACCCGCGGUCCUUCGGAAGAGUCGGAGUGAUUUUUUCCCGCACUGCCUACGCACCUGCACGGCCGCCGCCAGAGUUUCAGCCUGACAAAGAGCAGGAGACCGCAAGGGAACCGGAGGCAGCGGAGACGACGGAGACCAGUUCCGUCGUCUCGGUGGUGCUAAAGGCAUCCAAGGGGAGCGAUCCGGCAGGUUUUUGCCAGGUUCUGCAGCAGCUGGCCAACCGCAGCUGCUUGACAGGCAGUGGAGGAAGCGGUGGUGGCUGCAGAAUUACGGCGAAUUGCAGCGACUCUCCAUCCAGUGAUGCAUCGUUUUUUUCGCCGCCGGCAAGUGAAGCGAUGCUUCGUGCGAGCGCAGGCACCCGUUUCGUACUCUUUCUGCGGGAUCCGCGAGACGUCCUGAUUUCGGCUUGCGACUUGCCUGCGCACGCUGGUUGCGAGAAUUUGAACCUUUUCCUAAUGCAAAACAUCCGGCCUGUUUCGAGAUCGGCAGAGCUAGGCUAUCGCAUCUUCACUUCCAUGAAGCAGGAGAGGCCCGAGAGAGCAGAAAUCUUCUACUUCGAAGACUUGCACCGUGCUGCCAGCAGGAGCCGACUGCUGGCUGCUUUGGCGCAGUUCCUGGGUGUGUCCUUGGCAGAGCCGGAGCUUCUGUCCUUGGCCGAAGGAGGAAGAAAACGUGCCAUUUGCAUUGCUAACUCUUUGCUCCCGAACUUUUUGGCGGCGUCCUUGACCCGUGCGAUGGCCAGGGAGCUGCCCUUGGAUCUGGCGAAGCGAUGGCAAGUCUUGUGCCCUCCGCUCUGGCCCAAAACCUGCCGCAGGAAGCUCAACCGCGGAGAAGGGCUUCUGGGCGACAGCUGUGGCAAACAGGCCCAAGGCUGCCCGGACCUUUGCCAUCGAAUACAUGAGCCACCUUUCUGUGCUUCGAUGUCCUCCGGCCCCAUUCCGAGGCCUUGUCGCGUGGAUAGCACGGGCGAUUGGUUUCAGCACGUAGCACACAGCCCGGAAACACGGGGCGUGAUCCACACCUACUUGCCGCCAUCAGGCAAGAAAUCGAAAGUCCGCGAGGUCGACACCAUGCUGUCCGCCUGGCGCUAUGCUUGGGAACGGGCGGGGUGGACCACACGCGUGCUGACCUUCAGCGAUGCCCAACGGUCACCGGACUUCGAAGAGUUGAACCAGACGCUCUGGGCACAGUUCAGUGGGCCCAAAACCGAGAGCUAUAGCUCUGAGCUCCAAGGCUAUUUCCGCUACUUGGCUAUGGCCUCGGCUGGAGGGGGCUGGAUGUCCGAGUACGACAUGAUCCCCACGUACCUCACUGCGGACAUGGAGCCAGCAAACAACGGGACCUUCACUGUCUACCAGAACGAGGUCCCCGCCCUCAUGUCCGGCUCCAAGACGGAAUGGUUGAAGGCGGCCAAGAAAAUGUUCCAACAAAGGCUGCAGCACAAGGAUCGUCCGUCCUUCUCCGAAAGGCAGGCCUUGGAGGCGCUCAGGUUUCAGAAGGACCGAGACUUUGUCUUCAUGAACGUGGUUGCAGAGGCCGAUACUUGGCGGAAUCUUCCGCUGACACAUUGUCAAGUAAUGCAACAGAUGACCCUGGCCGUGCACUUCUCUGAUGCUUCGAUUGCAAGGGCAGAAUUGAAAAACAAGAACCGGAGCAAGCUUAUGAUGAAGGCGGCCGAUCGCUGGUGGGCGUGUCAGUCUCCGCAGUCGACAGGCGUUGCUCCGCAGUCGAUUUCAAAGACGAAGCUGGCAGAGCCACUGCCAGGGCAAGGAAGAGUGGGUUUCUUCCCACAGUUUGGGGAGGGAAACGCCAGCUUUCGGCUCCUCCUCCCGCCGGAAGCAGGCGCCGAGAAAGACGCAGCCGCAGGGGGUGAUCUAGGAGUGGCCUGUACGGUGCUGAAUCAGCUGGCAAAGCUCCGCUGCUUCAGCAAGCUUAACUGCUCUUCAGACGUCACAUGCGGGAGGGAUGCAAUGCAUAUUGACAAUGUCAGCAGCGGCAGCUGCAAAGACGUCUGGCCGCCCUUGCGCAAUUCCACAGACAUGCAUGGAGAAGCCAUGCAAUUCCUACAUGCAGGGCAGCCCGCGCAGGUCCUCGUUUUCCUGAGAGACCCCCGAGACAUCGUGAUUUCUGCUUUCCGAAGAGCUGAGACCAACCCAGACUGUCCAUCCAUGGAGCUCUUCGUUUUGAGGCACAUACAACCCGUGUCGCGAUGGGUGAAUAUGCGACACGAGUUUGUCAUGCGACUGCGUGAGAUUGACGACACUCGCGCUCAAAUUUUCUUUUUCGAGGAUCUUUACAGCAACUUGACCAGCGCCGUGCGUUCCAUGGCACUCUUCGUGGGCGUGCGUGGCGAGAGGGAGGUGUCCGCAUCGAUGCUGCAGUCAGUUGUCGAUGUUGGCAUGUCCAGCAACCCCAACGCAACAGCCCGCCAUCUGUGCCUUUCCAGUUCCGCAGUGUCAGAGCACGUGGGUGCUGCGAUGACGCGGCUGAUGAGGCGAGAGCUUUCGCAGACUCUCUGGGAGAGAUGGCGAAGCUGCAAGCAAACAUGGCCCAAGGUGCCCACUUGUCCAAAAGGCUCGCAGCUUGCCGUACAGAGCAGCUCUGGGGACUACUGCAGCGGUCCGCAAGGUCGCUCGUGCCCGAGUCUCUGCAGCAAAGUCCGCCAGGGCUUUGGCUGCCUGGAGCCGAGUGUGUCGCAAUCUCCGGGACCUUGCGUUGCCUCCCGCAUUUCGGAGUUCUGGGGCACUUCCGGCAACAAAAGGCCUUUGAGGGUAAUGCACACCUACUACACCAACGAAGACGAUCCGUCCGACAAAGCAACAAACACCCUCAGUGCUUGGCAAGAGGCUUGGCGCCGUGCUGGUUGGGAGACCCGGAUUCUGACUAUAGAGGAUGCGAAGGCUUCGGCAAACUUUAGCCAGGUAGAAAGAGACUUGCUCACAAAGGUCCCUCUGGGCAACAACCCAAGAUACGACUACCACUGUUACAUGCGCUACUUGGCUAUGGCCGAAGCAGGAGGUGGUUGGAUGUCGGACUACGACGUGAUCCCGACCUGGCUAACGCCAGACACAGACUUGCCCAACAACGGUAGCUUUACCAUUUACCAGAACCAUGUUCCCGCUUUGCUGUCGGGCACACAGGAGGAGUGGUAUCGCAUGACACAUGCUCUCGUAUCCGUUGCUGUGGAGCAGGGCGAGGAACACGCGAUCUUGGCCCAAGGAAAGAAACUGUUUUCCGACAUGAUUGCAAUGCUGGUGCUCAGGAGUGUGGUGCCCCAGCCUCUCCUGUAUGUGAACGUUAUCGCAAAUGGCAAUGAAUGGGGUCCGGACGUGCGUGAAGUCGAUUGCGGAACGGUGCAAAGAUUCUCUCUCGCAGUCCACUUCUCCCACCGGGCACUAAGCGAACUUCAUCGGAAUCUGGGCAGUCGCGGUCGGACGAUGACGGAGGCUUCCGAGCGCUUUUGGAAGUGUGCGGCAGAGGGCACGGGCCUCUGCAUUCUACCGGAGCGGCGGACCCAUCGGUUGCUUGAAGGGCCCUGCCACACGGAGGACAGGCGUCUUCGAUGGACCUACGCGAACAAGGGGCGCAGCCUUCAGCAUGUCGACACGGAGACGUGCUUGGAUGCCGAUGCGGCGGAGACGCAGAAGGUCGGUGCAAAGGUGCUGCUUUAUCGCUGUAUACAAAGCUCACCCAUGCAGGAGUGGACAUUUCGACAGGGCCACUUGAAGUUUGCCAGCCUCUGUGUCAACGGCUCGGCGGAGGGCGACUUGACCUUCGCGCGCUGCGGAAACUUCCUGCAAGAACGAGGCCCUUUCGAGGCCUUCGACCAGAAGGCCAUGGGACCGUUCCCUGCGCGAAGGUCAGCCGCCGGCUAG